AUGAACUCGACCGAGAGCAACGCCCCUCCGGCGGCAGCCACAGAUGCAGUGCUGGUGGUUUCCGAGGAAAUGCCUGAGGGGGCGCAAAAGGUUCAAGAAUUGGAUUUCGAUGAUCUAGAUGGCGAUAUCACAGCCGACGAUUUGUUGCGCGGCAUGCGAUACAUGGGUUUCCAGGCCACAUCUCUCGCAGACGCCAUUAGGAUCAUCAAUGGCAUGAGGGCCUGGAGAGACCCGGAGACGGGCGACAAAACCACCAUCUUUCUGGGCUACACCUCGAACCUCAUCUCGUCUGGCAUGAGAGGCGUCUUCCGUUGGCUCGUCAAGCACAAGCAUGUCUCCGCUGUUGUGACGACGGCAGGUGGCGUUGAGGAGGAUUUCAUCAAGUGUUUGGGCGACACAUACAUGUCUUCCUUUUCUGAAUCAGGCGCGGGACUGCGGAAAAAGGGGCUGAAUCGUAUUGGAAACCUCGUCGUGCCCAACUCCAACUACCGCGAGUUUGAGGACUGGGUUGUGCCCAUUUUCGACAAGAUGCUCGAGGAACAGGAAGCCAGCAAAGGGUCCGAGGAAGAAAUCAACUGGACCCCGUCCAAGAUGAUCAACCGCCUCGGCAAGGAGAUCAACGAUGAGCGAUCCGUCUACUACUGGGCCUGGAAGAACGACAUUCCCGUCUUCUGCCCUGCGCUGACAGACGGCAGCCUGGGCGACAUGCUUUACUUUCACACUUUCAAGACAUCCCCCCAGCAGUUGAAAUGCGAUAUUGUGGAGGACAUUCGCAAGAUCAACACCAUUUCGGUCCGCGCCAAGCGCGCUGGCAUGAUUAUCCUCGGCGGCGGCGUCAUCAAGCAUCACAUUGCCAAUGCCUGCCUGAUGCGCAAUGGUGCCGAGUCUGCCGUAUACAUCAAUACCGGCCAGGAGUUUGACGGCAGCGAUGCCGGUGCCAGGCCCGACGAGGCUGUUUCCUGGGGCAAGAUCAAGGUCGGCGCAGAUGCUGUCAAGGUUUAUGCAGAUGCCACUCUCGUGUUCCCAUUUAUUGUGGCGAACACAUUUGCCAAAGAUAGAAAGGCAACAGAUGAGACAAAAAAAAACUAG